UUGGUCCAAGCGACUUGCAUGCUUAGUGUAGCACUGAUUGCGAACAUUGCAACACGAGCGAGAGUUGUUCUACGUGCGUGAUUGCACAGAUAAGAUAAAGGCCCACAAAACGGGAGCAUGGAGAAACCUAUAGUACGGGCGAGAGUAGUGAAGGUCCUAGGCAGGACGGGAUCUCAAGGACAAUGCACGCAGGUCAAAGUAGAAUUCCUAAAUGAGCAGAACAGGCAGCUAAUUAGGAAUGUCAAAGGUCCAGUGCGCGAAGGUGAUAUUCUGACGUUGCUGGAAUCUGAACGAGAGGCCAGGAGACUCCGUUAAACUAAAGAAAAUAAUCGUCGCGUGCCUCGAGAAUACUUCAAGAGAGAUGCAUCGAAAUUAAAUAUUAAUAUUCUGGCGAUAAGCACGAUAACGAAGUCAAGGAAGAAAGUGUUCUUGGAAUUUACCAUGUCUUUUAUUUCUAAAUUUUGAAGAAAAUGUAAUAAAUAAGAAGGAAACACAUAUUUUAUAUCUGCGAAAAAUGGAGUUUUCUUACUGUUAUACAUA